AUGGGUUUGGUAAAGGACAAGGAGGUCACCAUGGGUCCCCCAAUCCGAACCCCGCAGGCCACUGGGUGGUCGAAGAUAGUUGAUGGGUCAUAUCUAGAUUGCUUUAAGACCCUCCAAAAGCUUCAAACCAGCGACCCCUUGUUGGAUCCCCAAAAAGGUUCAAAAGGGUCCGUCGAAGAUAACGAGAUAGACAAUCUUCGAUGUUUAUUCAAUCAAUUUCUCUGUGUUUUCCUCAAAGAGAUCAGUGGAAGUAAUAAUUUUAGGCCUUUACCCCCAUUAUUUGGCAACGGUCAAUCAAUGGAUUUGUUUAAGCUAUACUUAGUAGUGAGAGAAAAAGGUGGAUAUGAGAAUGUUUCCAAAAAUGGGUUGUGGGAUUCAGUCGCUAAAGAGUGUGGGUUCGAGGGUAUCGGUUCGGCUGUGAAAUUGAUUUACAUAAAGUAUUUGGAUACAUUGGAUAGAUGGUUGCAACGGAUUGUUAAAGAAAAAGACUCAAACGGUGGGUUAGAGCAUAGUGGUGUAGAUCUUGAUAGGUUUUCAUUGGACUUGGAGUCAGCAGAGAUUUUGGAUCAAAAGAAAAAAGAUGGGAAGUGUCUAGAUGUGGAUUUGAAGAAGAAUGAGUUGAGUUUUACGGGUGUUGAAAAUUUUGGCAAUAGUGAUGGGGUUUGGAGCUCGAUGGAGUCCAAUGACAGCAAGGAAAAUAAUGAUCAUGAUCAAAAAAGUGUUGAUCAGGUUAAAGAUGAUAUGGUUUUGGACUCGACUGUGGUUAAAGAAGAUGAUUCUAAUCGAAAGAAAAAGCGAGAGCGUAGCUUGGGAAUACUUGAUUGGGUUACUGAGGUUGCAAAGGAUCCUUGUGAUCCGGCUAUUAUAUCCCGACCAGAAUCCUCUGUGUGGAACUAUUAUGGGAAUGAAGAGUUGUGGAAGCAGGUUUUGUUGGUUCGAGAGGCGAUGCUUUUGAAAAGGAGUUCUGAUUCAAGUGCUGCGCAAUCAGUUUGGCAGAAGAAGCAAAAGAUGCAUCCGGCCAUGUAUGAUGAUCAUACUGGAUCCCAGAGAUUAAGAUGCAGUGAGAGGCUCCUUUCUGCAAAAGAUUCUCAAGCAUUGAUUUCUUCCAAAAAGUUGCAGUCUCGAACUUUUUCAGAGUCAUCACCCUCGGGUCCUGGGAGUGAGUCAGAGGAUUGCUUUGACAAACAGUCCUAUUCCUUGGUUGCAGAUUCAUUGUGGGGCAACUACCAUAGCCAGAAGCGAAUUCCCGUGGGGCCAUAUUUCCAGGCAGAAGUACCAGAAUGGACUGGCGAGAAUUAUGAAAGUGAUUGCAAAUGGUUAGGUACCCAAAUUUGGCCACUAGAAAAAGACAAUCAGAAUAAAUAUUUGAUUGAGAUGGAUAGUGUUGGAAAAGGAAGACAGGAUCCAUGUGGCUGCCAAUUCCCAGGUUUUGUUGGAUGUGUCAAAUUCCAUGUUACCGAGGAAAGAAAGAAGGUAAACCUUGAAUUAGGAAUAGCCUUCCAUUGUUGGAAAUUUGAUAAGAUGGGGGAGGAAGUUGCACUCUCUUGGACAAAAGAGGACGAAAAGAAAUUCCAGGCUAUAGUGAUGUCAAACCCUCCAUCUAUGGACAAGCAUUUCUGGGAUGAGAUGUUUAAGAUUUUCCCUGCCAAAAGCAGAGAAGAAUUGGUCAGCUACUACUUCAACGUCUUUCUUCUCCGGCGUAGGGGUUACCAAAAUAGGUUGUUUUCAAGUAACAUUGAUAGUGAUGAUGAUGAGUCAGACUUUGCAUCAUCGGCAGAAGGUUUUAAACGUCAAGCAGUCAAGCCCCUUGGCUCUAUCCUAUGUUCCCUGAAGAAGACACAGUUGAACUUAAGAUAGUGCUCAAAGCUGGAUUCACACUAUAGUCCUGGCUAAGAAAGUAAACUGCAGGAAUUUUUUUUGGUUUUUCUGUUCAGUCAUAUUCGAUAGUAAAGAUGGUUAUCUUAUUGCUUAAGGGAGCAAGUUUGUAGUGGCAUUCAAAAAGUGUAAGUUUAGGAGAGGAGUGAUACUAUGGCAGAGAUAACGUGGAUGUUAGAAUAUCCCACUGAAAACCAAUUGGCAAUAAGUGGAGAGACCCUUAAAGCAUAUAAAUCAACCUUGGGUGGCUCUAAUUAUUACAAGCUCUUUUACUAUGGACAGUGGUGGAAGC